UCGUAUGACUUUGUAGACUAAAUUAAGCUCCUGUCUUAAAUGCCACGAGAAAACUUUCUUUUGGACAGGAUGUGUAUAGUGAUUUGAAAUAUGUUUUUUAAAGCUUGUUAUCGCACACCUUUGGUUAAUAAAUUUAUGUGAUUGCACUCAAUUAAAUUGCGAGUACAGUAUCGGAACAAUUGAAAUUGUUUAUCACGUCUUUUGGCUCGCGUAAAUCCCUGGCCGAAGACCAGAUUUAUACCACAAACAUACCAUUAGGCAUAUAUCGGAAGGUCAAUUAGAGCUUUCCAGGAGAUAUUGUAUAUGAAUUCUCACUAUCCUUGUUCCAAUGAUAUACAUCUACGCCUUGGUUUUAUGCAUAAAAUUCUUGGAAAUUAUAAGUCAUCAAUAAAACAUUACACCCUUGCUCUCAUCGAUUCGUCACCAUGUACAUUUACAAAACAACUCAUUCGUUUUCAUGUCGCUCACCUUUAUGAAGUUCAAAAUAAGUAUAAAUCAGCAAAGGAGUUGUAUGAACAAUUGCUUAACGAAAAGGAGCUGACAUUGGAACUCAAAGCUGCAGUAUAUAGACAAUUAGGAUGGAUGUAUCACUGUCAUGACUAUUUUGGUGAAAGAAAGCAACGUGAAUCGUAUGCAAUUCUCUGUUUGCAGAAAUCAAUAGAAGCCAACCCAAAAUCCGGACAAUCUUUAUAUUUGCUGGGUCGAUGUUAUGCCGGCAUUAACAAGGUCCAUGACGCAUUCAUUGCUUACAGAAAUUCUGUAGAAAAAAGUGAAGGGAAUGCAGACACAUGGUGUUCAAUAGGCCUUACAGCAGUUUCUGUACGUACACAAUAUCUGCCUGUUGCGAACCGUAGGACGCCUACGCCUGAUCUUUAACGUAACAGGCCGACCUUACCACAUCCAACCCCAACUAAGCAUCAUAUUUGGGCGAAUACAACUGAUGGCAGUACCGACAACGAUUUUUGAAACAACAAAUCAAACAAGCCAACUGCUGGUCAACAUCACUCGUAAGAUACAGAGGACUAAAAUCAAAAUUGCAACUAUAAUCUUCCACACCCCGUCAGUCAGUCCUAUCAAAAUCCAGCCAAGGCUUAAGAGGCAAGGAAAAAUCAAUCAACGAGGCAGUGCCACGGGCAACAUCAAGGUGCGUUGGACUGGAAUUGUGCACAAUGGAAAACCCAAGAGAUCUACUCAUUAAUAAAACGAAAUGAGGCAACAUCCCCACGAGGUAAGCAGACAACAGUAAAGAGCACCAGGCACACAAAGGACCACACGCACAACAUUAUUCUCCGAACGAAAAACCACCUUAUAUGACAAAUUAUCACGCACAUAUAAAAGUACACCUCCGCAGGGUAACAACAAGCAGCCAUUUCUAGUCAUCAACCUUACGAUAAUAUCUAGACGGUCGCAAACUUUAGGUAUUCAAAUGACCAUACGUAAGUUUACCAUGGAAGCAAGAAGAGGCAUGCCUCAAAAAUUGAGCAUCCCCAAUCACAGGCCCGGGACGUAAAAAUCAAGAAAAAGGCUGCAUCAGUUCAAGAAGUUAGAAAAAUUAUAGAAAACAAUAAAAUAAGAAUAAAUAUUGUAUGAUAUUGUUACGAAUAUAACUUUAGAUUUAAGUUAAUUUAGAUGAAUUCCGUUAAUUUAAGAAUUUGAAUUGUAACGUAAAUUUCUACUACGCAGUUUAUUUGAAUAACUUCACAACAACAACUACUGUAUAGAUUUUUCUACAUCCUUCCAUUUCCUCUUUCAUUUUCUAUUUUGUUGCUGACGUACAAUUCUUGUUAAACGUCAUCAUUGAUGAUCGCUUAAUUCCUCUUUCUUUGUUACCCCCUCGCCUGUGUAUGUGUUGUUGUUAUUGUUCACUCAAUGUAAGUUUGUAUGUGUUCGUUGCAUUGGUAGAUUGUUCGUAAUCUAGGCGUUACCAGAUCGUCUAGAAACUUCUGUAGCGACAGGCGAGGCUCAUAUAAAUAGGGGAAAUGGAAAGGCAGUUAGUCAGUUGUGAAUCAGAUCGCGAAUUGAAACUGUCGAGUAAAAUAAAGUGCAAAGUAAAGUUGUGUGAAUAAAAUCAUUGUAAUAAUCGUAAUCCGAAAGAACCCGCGUUUUAUUUGGUACGAGCUGUAUUGGGAAAUAAAACAACGUCUACACGGGAUUAAGUAAAAUCCAAGAACGUAACAAUUGGUGUCGGAAGUGAGAUUACGAUAAUACUACGAUGAAGUUUAAGGAUCUACGAGUGGAAGACUUGAAGAAGGAACUUAAUAAAUUGGAAUUGUCCUCUACUGGCAACAAGGCUGAACUACAAAACGUCUGUUGGAUGAGUUCGAGCGCCGUGGUAUGAACAUCGAUACAUAUGAGUUUGACAGUAAGGAUGAAGUGGAUUUAUCGGAAAUGGGCGAAUCUAACGGUGGGGAAGUCUCGUCAGUAGCUGCCAGGGGUGACGAUUUCAGAGAAAUGCUAGCCAAAAUGUUUGAGGAAAAUUUCAGAAGAGUCGAAGAAAAUUCGAGAAUAACGAACGAGAAACUCGAGUACAUUACAAAAGUUAUUGGAAGGAGAAUGGAAACCGUGGAGGUCCAAAUUAAAGAGUUGGAUAAGAAAGUGCAGUCGGUUGACGAGAAAUUUCUGUCCCACGACCAUAGGGUUACAAAUCUGGAGAAGAAAAUUUCGGAACUGGAAAUCAAAGGUGGUCCGGUGCGAGUUCCUGGUAACACACUAAAAAUCAAACCUCCUGUAUUCGACGGCUCUACGUCAUUCAAUGUUUUCAAGUUACAGUUCGAGACAGUGGCUUCUAGAAAUUCGUGGAACGACAGCGACAAAGCGGUUGCACUACUUCUGGCAUUGAAGGGCAGUGCUGCUGAUGUUAUACAGAGUAUUCCUGUCGCUUCUAGAAACAAUUAUGAAGAUGUUAUUGCUGCACUGGAACGUAAGUACGGUGACGAACAUAAACGAAACAUCUACCUUAUGGAAUUAAGGGGAAGAGUACAGAGGGCAAACGAGACGUUACAAGACUUUGCAGCUGAGGUGGAACGUUUGGGGCUAAUGACGUAUCCAGGAGAGGAUCACCCAUUGCUGGACCGUAUGAAAAUCGAAACCUUUGUGAAUGGCAUACGUGACCCUGAAAUUAAGUAUGCAACAUAUGCGUCACCAAAAGCAUCUUUUUCCGAAACUGUGUCGUUUGCCCUUGCCCAAGAGACGGCAAGAAUAGUUGUUAAGCCCCAGACCCACAAGAUUCGCCAACUGGAGACCGAAGGUUGCGAACCCAAAUCUCUCGUUAACUCGAUCGAAGACGCCAUGAGGCGGGUAAUAGAAGAGACAAAGUUAGUUGGGAUGACUAAGCCCAGGGUUAGAUGCUACAACUGCGAUAAAGCAGGUCAUAUUGCGCGCGAAUGCAGAGCUAAGCGCAAACGAUCCAGGUCAUCGUCACCACCUCCAACGAAAGAUGGUAGAAGAAUGGCCCAACAGUCCACCAAUGAGUCACAGUUAAACUAAAUCGAGCCAGUCCAGCGGGGCAUGAACUGGCUCCCAUCGACGAUGGCCCCACAAUCUCCAUAGCAAUAGUACAACAGAAAAGUCACAACCUAACAACAACUGGGUACAUCAAUGGUGAUAAGCGAGUUCUGACGUUAGAUACUGGCGCAUCAAAGUCCAUCGUAAGAUCAGAUCUGGUAAAGGGAAAAAUAACGCAACUUAAUGGAGUCAGACUGCGCACAGCAACGGGGGAGCCCGCGACAGUACACGGCAAGAUUACCCUGAGACUAACUAUUGCCAAUAAAUCGGAGAAUUACGAGUUUAUAGUUGCCGAUAUCGUAGACGAAGUGAUAAUAGGCGCAGAUUUUAUGAUUGCCUUUGGUAUCAAUCUGGAUAUGAAAGAACGUGUGAUGACCUGGUCUAACGUCGAAAUUCCGUUAAACGUGGGCUACGAUGAAAGUACACCCAUUAGACGAAGCAAUAAUAUGGGUACCAAUGAAUGGAGAUUGUGGAGCCGAGAAGUUGUGGGUGGUGGAACCAGCAGAAAACAGAAACAGUAACAUCCUAAUAGCGAAUGCCCUAGUGAAAAGCAACAAGGACGGAUUAAUUCCUGUUAGAGUUUUGAACCUGUCAAACAAGCAAGAGCAAAUUUGCCAAUUUUCCGAUGUUGGACAAUGCACACCAGCUGAAGCUGUAGUUAAUUUGGAAACUAGCACCGAAAAGCCAGCUGCCAUGGAGAAGAAGCACCUCGACGGCUACAUAAAAGAGUGGACACACCAAUUAUCACCUUCCGAGAGGAACAAGGCUAAGCAGCUAUUAUGGAAAUAUGCCUCUACCUUUGCGUUGACAAAAGAGCACCAAGGAAGAACAUCAGUGGUGAAGCAUGAAAUCAAUACAGCAGACGCGAGACCCAUUAAACAGCCUCCAAGAAGUGUUCCCCUGGCAAAAAGAGACGAGGUUCAGAAGCUGAUAAGUGAAAUGGAAAAGAGUGGUGUAAUAGAACCAUCGUCAAGUCCAUGGUGCUCCCCAGUGGUCUUGGUCAAGAAGAAAGACGGAAGCACCCGAUUUUGUGUGGACUACAGAAAGUUGAAUGAUGUCACCAAGAAAGACAGCUAUCCGCUCCCAAGAAUCGACGACACAUUGGACACAUUAGCCGUGACGUCAUGGUUCUCCACCCUCGACCUGCAGAGUGGGUACUGGCAAGUAGAGAUCGCCGAGAAAGAUAAGGAGAAAACAGCGUUUGGCGUAAAUGGGGGUCUCUGGCAGUUCAAUGUCAUGCCAUUCGGACUCUGCAACGCCCCGGCUACAUUUGAAAGGCUGAUGGAGCGUGUGUUAAAAGGGCUGCAGUGGAAGUCGUGCCUCAUAUACCUGGAUGACAUCAUAGUCAUGGGACGCAACUUCGACGAACACAUCAAGAACUUAAAGGAUGUUCUACAGCAGCUUUCGUCUUCAGGCCUCAAGCUGAACCCAAAGAAGUGCAGUCUCUUCCAACGAGAGGUGAAGUUCCUGGGGCACCACGUGACGCCGGAGGGCAUAUCGACGGAUAAGGAGUAAAUUCAAGCCGUCAGAGAUUGGCCGCAGCCCCGAAAUCUCCAUGUGCUGCGAAGCUUUCUGGGUCUCUGCACAUACUACCGUCGAUUUGUCCAAAAUUUUGCCAACAUCGCCGCCUGUCUACACCGUUUGACGCAAAAAGGCCAGAGGUUUCAGUGGGGCAACGAGCAGGAGGAGGCAUUCAGAAAGCUCAAAGACAUGCUAUGCAGAGCCCCCAUUUUGGCAUACCCUAUACCUGGCGGCAAGUUUGUCCUGGACACAGACGCAAGUGCGUGCGGCAUCGGUGGCGUCCUUUCCCAGGAAAUCGACGGACAGGAAAAAGUCAUCGGGUACUACAGCCGGACAUUGUCGAAACCUGAGAGGAAUUACUGUGUGACGAGGAGAGAGCUGCUUGCUGUCCUUGAGUGCGUUAACACUUCCACAAAUAC